CAAAAAAAAAAUAAUGAUGCAUUGUAGACAAUUGAGCUCACAAUAGGAAAAAGGAAUGAUUUACCAUCCUUAAAAUUCAAAAUGAUUUGACUACUAAAGUUAAUUCUCAGGUUUAAGAACAAUGCAUUUAGAUAAACUUCUGAUUAUUGAAUUAAAAGGUUUAUGGUGUUUUACGAAUAGUAAUAUGAUUUUAGUACACAUAAAUUUCAUCUAUUCAUCUUUAUUAAACAGAUGUCAUUAAAUGUUUUUUUACUAAUUUAAAGCAUCAUCAUAUGAAAUUAAGUCUUUCACAGAAGGCAAAACAAACCAGGAGUGAGACGAAAAAUGUUGGCGUUCGUUUUCAUUGUUUCUUGGCUGACCACCGAGACAAAAUUAGUGUGUGGUUUGAAUUUCACAUUGUCAAAGACGCGAGUUCUAUUAGGAACUACAGGAAAACUGUUCAUGACAUGUGAUGUUACCGAAAAGGAUGCUUCGAUAGUGUACAACAUCAAAAUUCGGAGAAAAACAAGUACCGAAUUGGAAACCUUGGCAUUUAUGGAUGCAAGAAUAACUGAAGUCCCAGCUUUAGAUAAACGGAUUGUUGAUGACAAGGAUUUUGUUGUUGGUGGUAUUCUGGAUAAAGAUAACCCACUUAACACUAAUCUGACUUUACAAAUGAAUAUAGAGAAGAUGACUUACGAUGAUGCCAGAGUAUAUAGAUGUGAGAUGACGUAUAAAAGCAAACUUUCUGAAAGCAUUGUCUCAAUUGUAAGAAAUGCCACGCUUAUAAUUGUUGAAGCCGAUAACAAAACGGAAGAACGAGCAGACACAUUGCAAGAUUCAGAAUGUGUCAGCAAAACCACUUUUGUGAUUGUUGGCGUGAUUUUGGGAGUGGCAAUUAUUUUGACCACAAUUUAUGCAAGUUAUAUAACAGUGGUAAUGAGGAGAAUGAGAGACAGAAAUCGUCAUUAUGGAAGACGUGAAAUGCUUAACGCUGCACCAAUAAAUGACACAAGCGAAAUUCAAAACAGUUCAGACGAGGUAUAGUUCACUCUCGAAAUGAAGUAGAAGAUACGGAGAUCAAAAACGAUUGACACAAAUUUCUGCAUUCUGACAGUUUCAAAGAAUUCAACUGAAUGAUAAACAGCGCUUAAAGUGUUAACAAUUUGCUUUUUCUGGAACAAUAUCGUUAAUACAUGUAGUUUUGAGCAUUUUAAAAUGCCUUAAAAGCUGCAUCUUUUUUUUAAAUAAUGUAUGCCGCUUUUCUUUUGACAUAUUUUAAAUGCUAACACGCGGGUUCGUUUAAACUUGCAAAUUAGCAUAAAACCAAAACAGAAUGAUAGAAAUACCUGUAUUCUUACAAGGAUAAGACACGUUUCUUCUAUGCGUUAAUGUCUACAGAACGUCUAGGGAUUGUUGGCGAUCGAGACCGUAUGUCGGUAUUCUUGCAUAAAACAUUUCAUAAAGACUAAAUGCGUUUCAUAUUAAAUCAAAGUACUGAAUUUACAGAAAGGCUGGUUACCACAAAACACUGGAUGAAACUGUGCGGGAAAGGUGUUUGCGAAAUCUUAUAUAUUAUGGGGUUUCCAUAUCAAACUAACGCGAGCCUAGGAUACUGUUGUGCGGAAUCAUCUUGAUUACUUUGAGGAAGGUAGUGAUAUGAUAUUACAGACUAUAGCUGGUGAAAAACACAUUGUGUUUGUUCCAUUUUGGAUAGCACAAUAAGUGAGACAAACGGCAAUUAAUUCUCACUUGGGAAUCUGCAAAACGCAAAGAUUAAUAUCUAACAGAAACAUUAGUCUAAGAGCCAACUGCACUGAUAUAACUGUGGCCAAUGCUUAAAUGUAACUUUAGCGUAAGUAAUAAGUUUUGCACUGAAUAAUUCAUAAAAUGUUUUCAUUUGUUUCAUUCCCUAUUGUGGGUAAAGGAAAUGAAAAUUGAUUUUGUUCGAUAUUGUUCUGGUAAAUUAACCACAUGUCA